GCCGGGUAAUUGCUCCGCACGGCACCGUUUUGGAUGCCGGGAAACUAAUAUCUAGCUCAUAUAUAUAUAUAUAUAUUCACCCUUCCCAAUCCUACACUCACGUAUAUAAUUUAUACCCGGGAUAUUAAAUCAUUCUAUUUUUGUUUCUUAACGUCUCUCACUCAUUACUUCUAAUUUCUAAACAGUACCCAGAAAUAAAGUCAAAUCCUUUUAUGGUUUUUAUACGGGUACAGAUUUCACUGCCGCAAACCGUCAAUGCUUACAUAAUCCAUCCAUCGGAUGGGAUAUCAAUACGCUAUUUAACCCUUUAAAUAUCAUAGAUAUUCGGGGUGUGGGUUUUGAAUAUAUUGAAGCAGAAAUGAAGUAGUGAUUUUCAUCCUUUGGGUUUGAUGAUUUGAGGAGGAGGAAGAAGAAGAGGAUAAGAAGCAAAUAUGAGUAGUGUAUUGGAGAUAUCGAUGAUGCAUCACGUGGGUAUCGUCUUGGUUGUGCUUUGGUUGUUUUCGUUCUUCAAUCGAUGCCACCCAAUAAUUUAUUUCGCAUCUCUGAUUUAUCUUUACUUGGUUCAUGAGCGAUAUGUGAUGAGAUUGCGGAGAAGAUUGAAGUUUGAAGAGAGAAAAUGCUCUAAUCAGAGAAGGGUUCUUUCUGAUUCUGAAACAGUACGUUGGUUGAACCAUGCUGUUGAAAGGAUAUGGCCUAUAUGUAUGGAGCAGAUUGCAUCUCAGAAAAUUCUGCUCCCUAUCAUACCUUGGUUCCUGGAGAAGUACAAACCAUGGACAGCUAAGAAAGCAGUGGUUCAGCACCUCUAUUUGGGAAGAAAUCCACCUUUAUUCACUGAAAUGAGGGUUCUUCGCGAAUCUACCGAUGAUGAUCACUUGGUCUUGGAGGUGGGAAUGAAUUUUCUCACAGCGGAUGAUAUGAGUGCAAUACUUGCUGUGAGAUUAAGGAAAAGACUGGGUGGAAUGUGGGCCAAGUUACACUUGACAGGCAUGCAUGUUGAGGGAAAGGUGUUGAUUGGAGUGAAGUUCCUUCGUCAGUGGCCUUUCUUGGGCCGUUUGCGUGUAUGUUUUGCUGAGCCACCCUAUUUCCAGAUGACUGUAAAACCAAUGUUCAAUCAUGGGCUUGAUGUUACUGAACUUCCGGGAAUUGCUGGUUGGCUUGAUAAACUUCUUUCCGUUGCUUUUGAGCAGACACUUGUUGAGCCCAAUAUGCUCGUAGUUGAUAUGGAAAAAUUUGCUUCACCACAAGCAGGUAACUAUGACAGAAAAGAGGUGCAAUUUGUUUUAACUCAAAAAUUCAGAACUUUUAAGUUGUUUUUAGCUUGAUUCUUGGAGUUUAAAUUUAAAUUAUAUAUGAAGGCCUUUUUCACUGGCACAUUACUAUUUAUAGAGAUUCCUUGUGAAUGUUGAAGAUGAGUAGAAAAGUUUAGCGUUCUUCACUGAGUGCUAGUAGCCUAAUCAUUUCUCCUA